UCUCUGUUCAAACAGUGAGAGCGUCAGAAAGGGAAUGGGACAGACAAGAGACAGAGGUAGACAGAGGUGUGACUGAGUGGAAGACAGAGUCAGGGAAGCUAAUAGCGAGCUGGUCCUUCCAAUUUAUGUCUAGAAACACAGAAAAGGGCAAACUAGCGGUAGAAUUUCGUGCGUAAAAAGAGAGUAGGCUGCCCUCUAUAUUCUUAAGUUUUACAACACUUCUCUUCCAGGCUGAACAGUUAUUCGGAGUUAGUGUCCUCUGUGGAGUUUUCUUUGUCUCCGCAAGUGACACUAAAGAGCACGGAUUACAAUGAUAAGGAUUUCAGAGGUUUGGGUCACCUCGGUGGCCAUUUCUCUGGUGGUUAAGGGGGCUCUUGGAGGUUAUGGGAUGAGUAUGUUUGCUGCCCAGUCGUCCCCUCCAGACCCAUGCUAUGAUGAGAACGGCAACCCCCGGAGGUGCAUCCCCGAUUUCGUGAACUCUGCUUUCGGGAAGGACGUGCGCGUCUCCAGCACCUGUGGAACCCCGGCCUCAAGGUACUGCGUCGUGACCGAGAAGGAUGAGGAGAGGACUAGGGAUUGCCACACCUGCGAUGCAGGGGACCCAAAGAAGACUCAUCCACCCGCGUAUUUAACUGAUCUCAACAACCCUCAUAACCUCACCUGCUGGCAGUCAGAAAACUAUGUCCAGUAUCCUCAGAACGUCACGCUCACAUUGUCUUUGGGUAAAAAAUUUGAGGUCACCUAUGUGAGCUUGCAGUUCUGUUCACCCCGACCCGAAUCUAUGGCUAUCUUCAAGUCAAUGGACUAUGGCAAAUCCUGGGUUCCUUUCCAAUUCUACUCUACCCAGUGUAAGAAGAUGUAUAACAAGCAGAAUAAGGCGGCAAUUACCAAGCAGAACGAACAAGAGGCGAUUUGCACAGACUCUCACACGGACAUGCACCCGCUGACAGGUGGGCUCAUUGCGUUCAGCACCUUGGAUGGCAGACCUUCGGCGCACGACUUCGACAACUCUCCCGUGCUGCAGGACUGGGUGACAGCCACCGACAUCAAGGUGGCGUUCAGCCGACUGCAUACGUUUGGGGAUGAGAACGAGGACGACUCGGAGCUGGCUAGAGAUUCCUACUUUUACGCGGUAUCAGACCUGCAGGUUGGCGGGCGGUGCAAGUGCAACGGCCACGCUUCAAAGUGCGUAAAAGAUAGGGAAGGAAACCUGGUAUGCGAGUGCAAGCACAACACCGCGGGGCCGGAGUGUGACAGGUGCAAACCUUUCCAUUAUGACCGUCCUUGGCAGCGCGCAACCGCAAGAGAGGCAAACGAAUGUGUUGCCUGCCACUGUAACCUGCAUGCCCGGCGCUGUCGUUUCAACAUGGAGUUGUACAAGCUGUCUGGGCGGAGGAGCGGCGGAGUCUGUCUCAACUGCCGCCACAACACGGCCGGACGCCACUGCCACUACUGUAAGGAGGGCUUCUUCCGGGACAUGUCCAAGGCCAUCUCCCACAGGAGGGCCUGCAAAGCGUGUGAUUGUCAUCCAGUUGGCGCAGCAGGCAAGACCUGCAACCAAACCACCGGCCAGUGUCCCUGCAAGGACGGCGUGACCGGCAUCACCUGCAACCGCUGUGCCAAGGGCUACCAGCAGAGCCGCUCUCCUAUCGCCCCCUGCAUAAAGAUUCCAGUUGCAUCGCCCACCUCCACCUAUACCAGCUCUGAAGAGCCCUUAGAUUGUGAUUCUCACUGCAAGGCAUCUAAGGGCAAGCUGAAGAUCAACAUGAAGAAGUACUGCAAGAAAGACUAUGCUGUCCAAGUGCACGUCCUCAAAGGAGACAAGGCAGGGGAGUGGUGGAAGUUUACCGUGAACAUCAUCUCCGUCUACAAGCAAGGUGAACAACGCAUCCGGCGCGGCGACCAGCUCCUGUGGGUGCGUGCCAAGGACGUGGCCUGCAAGUGCCCCAAGAUCAAGCUUGGCAGGAAGUACCUGCUGCUGGGCACGGAUGACGACUCCCCCGGGCAGACUGGCGUGGUGGCGGACAAGGGCAGCCUGCUCAUCCCCUGGAAGGACCUGUGGGGCCGGAGACUGAGGAAGUUCCAACAGCGCGACAAGAGGGGCAAGUGUUAAGAGGAGCCAGAGAGGAGAGAAAGAGAGGGGGCUCACCUCGAGUCUGAGGAACACAGGAGGAGGAGAAAGAAAGAGGAAACACCAGAGGGAGAGAGGAAAGAGGGAGAGGUGAAGUGAACAGAGAGAGAGAGAGAGAGAGAGAAAGGGACUGAGUGCUGCUGCUUUGAGUGGAAGCAAAAAGAGAAUAUUAGUUUUAGAAACAUAUGUGUGAAGGAGCUCUUUUUACAGUUGCUGUUCUGUUUGUCCUUCAAGGUUUGUUUCGUUGUGGAAUUGCAGAGUUUGCACCUAAUAUUUCAGAUAAGUUACUUAUUUUUUGUUUUAUUCAUGAUACCAUUAUUUUUAUAUUUCCAGUUCAUUUCUACAGAACAUCAGAAAAAAAUCUACUGUAUCACAUAUCUGUGUUUAUAAAGCCUAUAAAGAGCCCACAAUAUAUAUAUAUAUAUAUUGUGUAAAGUUGUUUCUAGCAAGCUGAGGUGGCACGGCAUGGCUUAAGGGGAAUCUCUCUCAUGUUUAAUGAGUGGCUCCUGCUUGCCAGGCCUUGUCAAGAUAAACUGUGUAAACUGCUAAGAGUGUUAACACGUUAAAUCGAUCAUUUAAACUAGGUUUUACUGUGGUUACAGCGUAUACUUGUAAAAAUGGGAGAAAAAAACAAAAACAAGCCAGCUAUUGCCAGUUACCUUUCUUCUUUAAGAGCUCCUCAUGUGGUUGUUACCUCAUUAUUACUGCUAACUAUGUAAUCAAAAUGAAAGUGCCAUAAAGAAGUUGCUCCUCAGAUACUAGCAUAGGGAAAGAGUCUGUUAAAUGAUACAUUUCCUUGCCAUCCUGACAGUGUGGUUGUGACCUCAGCAAAAUAAAAGUACCAGUAGGCAUGAUAUAAUUAUAUAAUAUUACUGUAUUUAGACAGCACUCUGUUCUCAACUAGAGAGACUAAAAUAGAUGAGUUGACCGUGCACUUAAUGUUUAGUCCUUUAGUAUUCAACAGUAUUCACAACAUAUAAGAUAUGUUCAGUGUUUAAUUGCACCUUGCAGGAUACAAACUAACAUACUGUAUUGUUCCAGAAAAAUCUAAGAACUAAUGUAUGUCCAUUCAUGAUUGUUCAACCUGAGAUCACACAUUUCACUGAUUAUGUGCUGCCUUUGGCCUUUGGUCCUGGAACCUAAUGUCCACUGACUCUGUGUCAUUGAUUGAUGCAUUUGGUUUGCUAUCCUGUUCACGUUUGUUAAAAUACGAAGUACUGCUUGAACAUCCCACUGAGCAUUGACCUGUUUCUGCUGGUAAAGGACUGAUCGUGGGGGGUGGGGGGACAUUCUGAUUUCUUCAACAGUGAAUCACCUCAUGUGGUUUGAUAAGACCUAUCAAAAUGAACCUACGUUUUGUUAAAAUAAAAGAUGCAUGCUGACUACUUAGCUGACUAAGCUAACCAAAUUGUGGAUGACAAUAUGUACAGUAUGUAUAUGCUGUGUAAAGAUACAUGUAUUAUGUUGUAAAAGAAAACCUGUGGGGUGAUGAAAUAUCACAGGAGUCAAGCUGUGUGAUCAACACACUGUGUCAGCAUCUGAUUCUCACUUCAAACCUUGCAGACAUUCCAUUUUCAAGACGUUACUUGGUACUCAACAAAAGGGGUGACCGGCUGUUUAAAUGUUAUAUAGCUGUAUAGUUUGUUACUAUUUUUUGUUAAACAUUUACUAGAUUUAUGUCCAUGUUUUAUUAACCAGAGUUUGAAAUACCAUAGGCUUAAUAAAUGGGUAGACAAAUAAAUGAAAAAGAGGCAGAUUUCUCUUGUUUACAAGUUAUGCAUACCCAGGAGUGUAUUUCAGCAGAGAGAGGCUUAUCUACAACCUGUAAUAAACAGUCCCAAAAAUAUUUGGGAAAUACAUAAACACACAUAAAUGCAAGCAAAUGCACACAUGCUCACAUACAUACUCACACACUUUUUAAAACAUAUUUGUAUGGACAUUUUUAUUGCAAUCCAUUUCAGAUGUUCUUGUGCCAGUGCAUCCAUCUCUGGAUCUACACAUAUCAAAGCUGUCAGUGGGUCCACUGUGUAAAGUUAGACCAGUUUUCCACACAUUUGGAGAAUGAUACUCAGUCAUGACCAGAUAUCUGCUACAAAAAUAUAUCUGAAUGUUGCUUGUGUUCAUACUUGGGCUUGUAAAUGUUGUUUAGCUUUGUCCAUUGCAAAAGUCUGUGUAAUGUCCUGUAAUGCAUACUAAUAUAUUAUGUUUAUCACAAAUGAAUAUAUUUAAUGACACAUGAAACAAUGUGGCUUUUGUUUUUGCCUGUUUUUAUUUUUGGUUACUCUUUGCUUUGGAUAAUAGACGGCUGUAAUGAAAAAGUAAAAGUCUGUAGCUAUUGAACAGCCUAGUAAAUCUGAAAUAAAGCUCUGUAAAAGUA